AUGUCGAAUAACUUGAGCGAAAACGCAGUGCUCAAGCUUCAGAACGACUUGAACACUGUCCUCUCGUGGAACCCACCCUUUUUAGAGCGGGCCGCUGAUGCAGAACCUCCAUUACCCCCUGGCACGCCUCCGCAGGCCUUCUACAACAAACAUAUCUACGAAAAGCUGAUUUUGCGGCGUGUGAUGCCAUUCGGCUCCUUGGUCAACGAUCUGUCUAAUAUGGCCCAAGCACAAUUGGAAUGCAUAAUAGCGCGACUUCCUCUGGACUCCGUUCUCCCAAGCGAGGCAUUCACGGAGUUUCGCGAGGAUAGGCCAGAUAUGGAGAUACUCACCCCAGAAGAGCUAGCCGAACUCUAUUCGAAGUCUCUUGCUCCGAUAUGCGGCGGCCUUGCGACCAAAAUCAUGCUCCCCCAAACGUCCAAUUGGGACAAUGCCUUUGAGUGGGCUCGAUGGGCUCCCGCAGACAAAACUCCGAAUGGAAUGGAUGACAAUAGCUGUAUCUUCUUUCUUCAGGACGAGUCCGGAAAGCUCCGUCUCUUUGGCGAUCAUUCGGAAACAAUGAAGCCAAAGUUGCGCGAAGAUUUAGAACAAGUCAUAGCGUUCACCCUGAAGAUUGGCACUUGGGUAUUCUUGUCACUCACAGAAGAGUCACAAGAGCUAUUAGCGGGUAUGGGUGGGCUUUCGUUGCGGGAGACUUUCGAAUACAGUGCUUGCAAAACCAUAUAUCCUGCUUCUAUCGGCAUACUAUCAAGAACGAUACCCCAUGACGCACCAUCUAAUCCAUGGACACUUCCGACCACCAACGCUCCAAUUUCUGUAAGCAGUCCCGUGUGCUCUUUCUUAAUGAUGACAUCCUAUUCAAGCAUUCGAACGUUGACCGUGUUCUUCGAGCGACAACGGUUGCUGCAUCCAGAAUGGCUUGAGAAAAAUAUCCCCCAUUAUUCAACAUCUCUCACUCCAGACUCCCUCGUCCAGCUUGCAUGGGCCAAAGCAGUCGAGACGGACUCGACCAUGAUAGUAUUCAACUGCGGCAAUCAUGAGCGAAUCGCCGUCCGCCACCGAGAAACGCAGACGCUUUACAUUUCGGAACUGUACGAUAUCACCAAGUGCGAAAAUCCAGGAUACAUCAAGCUCCAUGUGGGCUUAUACCUUGCACAGAUUUACGACGCCAUUGCUCGAGCUAAAGCCACGCGCCAGCAAACAGAGCCUCGUCGAAGCAGUCGGAAACGUCCGAAUACUGAGGAUAUUACCCCAUCUUUGCCACCCACCAAACGCUUGAAGCGAAACUUGGAGAAGUUAUCAUCACAGCGGCCGAUGGAGCUUGCCAGCCAGCGUGACAUGAUGUUACUGCACAUGCAGUAUGAUAUUUACCAUUCUCCAGCGCCAGCCUCGUUUAUUCGAGCAACACCGUGUCUUACCCACAAGACCAUGACCGUGCGCAAAGCAGGAUACGUUCCACCAAUUAAACGCUCUUAUGAGAUACAUGAAUGUUUCGAGGUCAUCAUCACAAGCCAGAUCGGCAGAGGUGCAACCGGAAUAGUUCACGGAGCAACAGCUCGUCUGGCAACUAAAGACGGAAAAACGCUUAUCGAGGAGAAUCUCGUCGUCAAAUUGGCAUUCAGAAAGCAGCCUCAACGGCGAAUGCGACACGAAUACGAAGUUUACAAACAUCUGAUGGAACAUGGUGUCACUGGUGUCCCCCGCGUCUACGGGCUAUUUGAGGACCUCGAAGGAGGAGCUAUCGCACUCGUCAUGAAUAACUGUGGGCAAACCUUGUACGAUUCACGUCCAGACAAAACCAAGACACGAACAUUUGUUACUCCAGCCCAGCGGAAGCGCUUCACCGAGAUUCUUGGAAACGUACAUCGUGCUGGAGUCCGUCACUAUGACAUCCGGGCCGAAAAUCUCAUGAUUGACUCCGCUGGGGAGGCAUUCAUAGUCGAUUUUGACCGUGCGCGUUUGAAUCCGGAGCGAAGGGAAGAAAAACUGGGAGAUGGGAAUCCUGCAAAGGCUCAUGGACGGCAUCCACCAUGA